UUAGUACCUUUAAUACUAGGAGCCCCAGAUAUAGCUUUCCCACGAAUAAAUAAUAUAAGAUUUUGGUUAUUACCUCCUUCUUUAACUCUUCUUUUAAUAAGAAGUAUAGUUGAAAACGGAGCUGGAACAGGAUGAACUGUUUAUCCACCCUUAUCUUCUAUUAUUGCUCAUGGAGGAGCUUCCGUUGAUUUAGCUAUUUUUUCACUACAUUUAGCAGGAAUUUCUUCUAUUUUAGGAGCUGUAAAUUUUAUUACUACUGUUAUUAAUAUACGAUCUUCAGGAAUUACUUUUGAUCGAAUACCUUUAUUUGUUUGAUCUGUUGUAAUUACUGCAUUAUUAUUAUUAUCUUUACCUGUUCUAGCAGGUGCUAUUACAAUAUUAUUAACUGAUCGAAAUAUAAAUACUUCAUUUUUUGACCCUGCUGGUGGAGGAGACCCAAUCUUAUACCAACAUUUAUUUUGAUUUUUUGGGCAUCCAGAAGUUUAUAUUUUAAUUCUUCCAGGAUUUGGAAUAAUUUCUCAUAUUAUUAGACAAGAAUCAGGAAAAAAGGAAACUUUUGGAUCUUUAGGAAUAAUUUAUGCUAUAUUAGCUAUUGGAUUAUUAGGAUUUAUUGUAUGAGCUCAUCACAUAUUUACAGUAGGUAUAGAUGUUGACACCCGAGCUUAUUUUACGUCAGCAACAAUAAUUAUUGCUGUUCCAACAGGAAUUAAAAUUUUUAGUUGAUUAGCUACAAUUCAUGGAACCCAAUUGAAUUAUUCUCCUACUACUAUAUGAGCUUUAGGAUUUGUAUUUUUAUUUACAGUUGGAGGAUUGACAGGAGUAGUUCUAGCUAAUUCUUCUGUUGAUAUCAUCUUACAUGAUACCUAUUAUGUUGUAGCCCAUUUUCAUUACGUCUUGUCAAUAGGAGCUGUAUUUGCUAUUAUAGCUGGAUUUAUUCAUUGAUACCCUCUAUUUACAGGAUUAUAUAUAAAUGCAAAACUUUUAAAAAGUCAAUUUAUAAUUAUAUUUAUUGGAGUAAAUUUAACCUUUUCACAACAUUUUUUAGGAUUAGCUGGUAUACCUCGACGAUACUCAGAUUAUCCAGAUGCUUAUACUAUAUGAAAUAUUAUUUCAACAAUUGGAUCUACAAUUUCAUUAUUAAGAAUUAUUUUAUUUCUAUAUAUUAUUUGAGAAAGUAUAAUUAUAAACCGACAAAUAAUUUACUCAAUUCAAUUAAAUUCUUCAAUUGAAUGAUUUCAAAAUUCUCCUCCUGCUGAACACAGAUAUUCAGAAUUACCAUUAUUAACUAAUUUCUAAUAUGGCAGAUUAGUG